UAAUUUCCGUGUUUCUGCUUGUCGUUGUUGUGUAUUCAACGUGCUGUUAUCACCUGCAGUCAAAUUUGAUUCGGUAUCGGUUUAAUUAAUUCGUAAAGCUUCCCUACUUUCUGAAUAUUUGUUAUCAAAACUGAAAUCCCUCACUUAACAUGGCAGAUCCCGAAUUGGAAGAAAUUAGAGCCAGGAGAAUGGCCCAACUGCAGUCUCAAAUGAAAGUUGGUGGUGGCGGUGGUGGUGGUGGUCAAGACCAAGAAGCAGCGGAAGAACGGAAAGCACAAGCUGAAGAAAUGAAGAAUGCCAUUUUAUCACGGGUUUUAAAUCAGAGUGCCAGAGCUAGAUUAAAUACUUUAAUGCUUGGAAAGCCGGAGCGUGGAAAGAUGGUUGAAAAUAUGAUCUUACAAAUGGCACAGACCGGUCAAAUUGGACAACAGCUUGAAGAGAGUGAUUUAAUUAGAAUUCUGGAACAAAUUUCAAAUAAUGACAGAUUUUCUAAAGCCACCACUGUCAAGUUCGAUCGCAGAAGAGCUGCUCUUGAUGAUUCGGAUGACGAUUUUUCAUAGCAUCGAAAGUUCUGCGUUUCAAGUCACUCCCCCUGUCCUGAUGAAAAAUUAUGACUGACAGCUUGUGUGUGUCCCUCAACAUCAAGCAAGUUUUGUAAGUUCAACAGUUGAUUUUGAAAAUGGUCUUACCUACGUACUAAUUGGAAAAGAGGCACUAUCGAAUACUUUAAGUAUCCUAAAGAAUAUCUUAAAUUUAAUAAGAACUGAGGAUUGAGAAGGUCCGAUAAAUCGAAACACUAUGCUCUAAGCCUAUAGACUAAUUUCAUUUCCAUCAAUCAAAAUUAAAAAUUUAAGCAUGUAAAUGGAAACAGUGAAACAAUGCCAGUUGUCGUAGGGAAUUCAUGAUUUAUAAAGUGUUUGUAUUCCUUUUCCCCUUGAUUUUUACUUUUAAUCUUAAAAAGCGUAUUCUUUUAAUUGCCUGUAAUGCUUUGUUUUUGUGUUUAGAUAAUCAUUCUUAACUAUUGCAAAAUUGUAUCCCCCUGAAGCUAAUCAUUGAUUUUUUUCGAGCCCCGAGUUCUAAAGCACCCACAACAAUCAAUCCUCAAAGUACUGAAUUGAUUACUAAAGUCUAUUUUCUGCCACCUCAAAUAAAACUGUUCAUUUUCAGUCUUUGCGUCAUGAUUGAGAAGAAAAGAACAUCUUUUUUUUAUUAAAGAAAAUAUGAUGUUAUCUACCUGAUGUAUAACAAGAGAUAGAAUGUCAGGUUUAAAAAUACUUCUGUAAACAAUUUUUUGUGAAUUAAAAUACUUUUGUACAUAAAAUCACAAUAUAACUAAUUUAUUAACUAAGAUA